AUGUCCGAUGUUCAUCCCGGCUCGCUGGACGAUGUUGCUGCGCAGAUGACUUACUCCAACUAUCUUGAAGUUGCAUCGCUGAGUAUGAUUCAGAUCUUCAGCUCUUCUCCUACCGCAACUCAUCAUCGUCUCUCGUUCUCCCCAACCGUAGCAAUUCUGUUCUAUGACUUUACGCUGACCCUGGGAGCGGAAAGCAAGCGGUUCUGGGAAUGCCCUGCUUGGUCCAGCGCCUCAGCGUUAUUUUACUUGAACCGUUAUGUUGGCCUGUCCGGUUAUAUCGUUAUAGCAUUCUUUUUCAUGAAGCCAGACUUCCUCGUCAGUACAAAUGUGCGUCUGUCCCUCGCGUACACCAUUUCGUUGGCUAACGCUGUAGGCUCGUAA